CUCUUCUGUCUUUCCAAAGCGAAGUCAUCAUUUUCCGACAUUAAGUCGGUAAUAUCUAGAAUUUCCUCUUUUCUCUUCUCUCACCACUUUUCAUUGCAACUAUAUCCAUCUAUUUAUUUUAUUUACCUUGUGACCUUUUCAAUAUCGAAUCCCCAUCGCUGACAUCAUUCACGCGGAUAGCUAGACCCAGCAGCCAACGAGCCAGCAUAAGCGUGGGUAAACUAACCGCAGCUGGUGGUGUAGGGGUGGUGCGGUCAGCUGGCCAGCCUAUCUGAGCAUCUGGUCUUACUUGGGACCUGCAACCCGGGGCAACCUAUCCGCUUUCUAGCCGUAUCCGCUACCUAAUCUUGGAGCUCUGUCUUUCCGUGUUUCGUGUUUCGUGGGGCUUGCGGUUUAAUGUGCCAGCCUAUCGCUGACUCCCGUCUUUCCUUUCUUAAACAUACCUAGUAGCUUAAGCUUUCAGUUGGGUGAUCGCAAGCAUCGAGCAUCGAUAACCCUCCUUUCACGGCAUCCUUCAUCAUGUCGCCGUCGAGUCUUCGACGCGCGGCCCUCAGUGCGCUGUCGCUGUCGCUAUCAUGUCUCGUCGUCGGCCAAAAGAACUAUACCCAAAUCGACAUGAUGCGGGCGCAGUUAGCUCUCCUGGACGGUCGGCCAAGUGACUGUCCACCAUGCUUUAACUGUCUUCUUCCCGCCUACGAGUGUGGUCAAUAUGCCGAAUGUAACGAAUACAACGGGAAAUGCGAGUGCCCGGCGGGUUUUGGAGGUGACGAUUGCUUCGAACCGACUUGCGGCUCUCUCGCCCGAGGUAAAGAUCGACCGAUAAGAUCGGGUGAUACCUGUGAAUGCGACGAAGGUUGGACUGGAAUCAACUGCAACGUCUGCACUCAGAAUAACGCCUGUGAUGCCCUGAUGGAGACGGGCAGUGGUGGUGUCUGUUACCAGAAUGGUGAGGUCGUACAGACUAACCACCAGAUGUGCGGCGUUACGAACGAAAAGAUCCUUACUAUGCUCAAUGGCAAGAUACCUGAGGCUACGUUUACUUGCGAGAAAGAGACGGGUGUCUGUGACUUCCAAUUCUGGAUCGACCGACUCGAAUCCUUCUACUGCCAUCUCGAGAACUGCGAUUCUAGCGCAGACUUUACUUCGGACCAGAACAGUACCUUUUAUAAGUGUCCCGAUGUUCAGUGUAACUGUAUCAAGGAUCGUAUGCUGUGCGGAGCUGAGGGGUCUAUCGACUUGACGGAUUUCCUGCACGAGGAGGUUCACGGACCUGCCACCUUUAGCUGUCUGCAGGAGAACGGCGGUAUCAAUAACUGCAAAUUCAAGGAACCCUCUCUGGAUUGGAUGGUAGGCAACUUCUUUGGCGAUGAGAGUAUCGAGUUGGACUGCCGAUCCGGCGAAUGUCUUUACCACACUCAAGUCCCUGGCUACGAGCGUCCUAUCAAGAAGAUCAACACGCCUUUGAUCGCGGGUGUCAUCGCCGGAUGCUCCUUGUUCCUUGUCGCUGUCGGUUUACUCAUCUGGUACCUCUCUCACCGACAGUACCGAUACGGACCUAUCGCUCUCGAUGACUCUGACGACGAAGCUAUCAAGCUGAUGACCGACCAUAAGCCGGCGACUUUGCAGUUCGAAAACGUCUCUUACGGCCUGAACGGGAAGGUUAUUCUUAAUGAUAUCAGGGGAAUUGCGCAUCCUGGAGAGAUCACUGCCAUCAUGGGUGCUUCGGGUGCGGGAAAGACGAGCUUUUUGGAUAUCCUCGCUCGCAAGAACAAGCGCGGCCAGACAUCUGGAGACUUCUACGUCAAUGGAGAAAAGGUCACUGAUGCCGAGUUUAAGAGCGUGGUUGGCUUUGUUGAUCAGGAAGAUACCAUGCUUCCAACUCUGACUGUGCACGAAACGAUCUUAACGAGCGCUCUCCUCCGUCUUCCGCGUGGAAUGGGUCGCGCAGCUAAGGAACAAAGGGUCUACGAAGUCGAGAAGCAACUUGGAAUUUAUCACAUUCGCGAUUCUCUAAUCGGAUCUGAGGAAGGCAAAGGUAGAGGCAUCUCUGGUGGUGAAAAGCGACGUGUUGGUAUCGCUUGCGAGCUUGUCACUAGCCCUUCGAUUCUUUUCCUCGAUGAGCCGACUAGUGGUUUGGAUGCUUACAACGCCUUUAAUGUCAUCGAGUGUCUUGUGACGCUAGCAAAGACAUACAAGCGAACCGUUAUCUUCACCAUCCACCAGCCUCGCUCCAACAUUGUCGCCUUAUUUGAUCGCCUAAUCCUUCUUGCCCAGGGAAAGACAGUCUAUUCCGGCCCCUUCUCUCAGUGCCAGGACUAUUUCGACCAUAUUGGGUAUGCCUGUCCUCCGGGUUUCAACAUCGCGGACUACCUCGUCGACCUUACGAUGCAUGCCGGCUCCUCCAGUACAUUUGAUGACGGAUCCAUUGUGAACGAUGUCGCGAGCGUUGGCCCCAGUAGUACCACCGCCGUCAAGUCUAUCGCACUCGCGUCUGGGGCUACUAGCAUCGCUGAAGAUAGUUCAACGGAGCCAUCGUCAAGCCGGCCUCAGAAUAAGCGCAAGGACUCGGUUAAGGCAAGACAAGAACGCGAACUUUUCACGAGGCGGAAGAACACUGUAGACACUGCUGCAUCUUCCGACGUCGACGAGGAUAUUGGAUCGUAUAAGUUACGAAAGCAACCCGCCGGUCUCACUCCGCCCCAAGUUGUCGUCGAAGACGUUCAUGAUCUUCCGCCGUCUGCGGCGACUAAUCUCGAUAGCCUUGUCCAUUCGUAUGCCGAGUCUAACAUCGCCAGUAACAUCCACGACGAGAUCGAGCAAGCGGUAACUACUGCUAGAGUUGCUAACGGACAGAACGGGAAUGGAACCAACAGCGCGCAUGCCAACGGUAGUGCGAUUGGUCGCGGUUAUGCUCGUGUCGGCUAUUUAACCCAGUUUAUCAUUCUCUCGCAGAGGACGUGGAAGAAUCUUUACCGCAACCCACUCCUCAUGUUAACCCAUUAUGCUAUUGCGAUAGUGCUCGCCGUUCUCUCGGGAUACCUCUUCUACGGCCUCACCGACGAUAUUCCCGGAUUCCAAAACCGACUUGGCUUAUUCUUCUUCCUCCUGGCACUAUUCGGCUUUAGCACACUGACUAGCUUGAACGUCUUCGCUUCCGAGCGACUUCUUUUUGUGAGGGAGAGAGCGAAUGGGUACUACUCGCCUAUCACGUACUUCGUCGCAAAAGUUUUGUUCGAUAUUAUUCCCCUUCGUAUCAUUCCACCAAUUCUAAUGGGAGCGAUCGUCUACCCCAUGACGGGUCUCAUACCGGAUGGUCCGCAUUUCUUUACGUUCAUACUUGUUCUUGUCCUAUUUAAUAUGGCUGCGGCGGCGAUCUGCCUAUUCAUAGGCAUUGUUUGUAAAGACAGCGGCGUGGCAAACUUGAUCGGAAGCUUGGUCAUGCUCUUCUCUCUGUUGUUUGCCGGUCUGCUUCUUAACCAUGACGCAAUUCCUGGUGCAGCUCUCUGGCUUCAAUCCCUUUCUAUCUUCCAUUACGGCUUCGAAGCUCUUAUUGUUAACGAGGUUAUCAAACUCACCCUCGUGGAUAACAAGUACGGGCUCGACAUUACGGUACCCGGAGCGGCGAUCUUGAGCUCGUUUGGUUUCAACAACAGCGCGAAGUGGAUGGAUAUCGCCAACCUGGGUAUCUUCGCCGCAGUCUUUGUGGUGUUGGCAUACGCUGCCAUGCAUUUCUUGCUCGUGGAGAAACGAUAGAACAUAGUCAAAAUGGAUUAGGGAAAGUCUAGAAUACAUUGGAACCCAUUAGGGCAUUUGAUGCAUUGUUCUAUUUCAGUCUAUUUGUUUGCAUAGCUCGGUUAAUACUUGAGCUGGGUUGCUCAAGGGCAUACGGGAUACUUGGGGCGUUCGAAGGUCAGGCAUGUUCGUUAAAGUCGUCAACCAUUUUAUACUACAAUACGAUAGAUGAGCAAUGUUUUUAUACACGAUAC